UGCACUCUAUGGUCUCUUCAGGAAUGCAGUUUGAGAAUACUGGAUUAUGGUAGAACUUUGGCCUGUCUGACAAGAGUUGAACAGCAGGAAAAGGGAUUAGAGCCAAUCAAUGGUUGUGUAUUGUUGGCCAAUCAGGAACAAUCUUAGAAAACAAGCUAUUUUUCUCAAAGUCUACCAACGAGGAAAUUGCAUUGGUUGUGAAACAUUGUUACAGCUCUGCUUACCCUGUGAUCUCUUUACAUUACAAGCAAGUGGAACUCGGCAUGUUGGACGAAAAAGGGGAAGAAAUAUUCUACUACGUGGGUAUAGAUGUGGGAACGGCUAGUGUACGUGCGGCUUUGGUAGACCAAUUUGGGAGAGUGGUAGACCAAGCAGAACAGUCAAUCCAAAUAUGGGAACCUCACCCUGUCCACUAUGAGCAAUCUUCUGAUAACAUCUGGAAAGCUUGUUGCCAAGUGUCCAAGAAAGUUUCACAUUCUGCUGGUAAUGGACAAAUUCGAGGACUCGGUUUCGAUGCAACAUGUUCCCUUGUGGUGUUGGAUAAACAGUACCAGCCACUGGCAGUAAAUUAUGAAGGUGACCAUGACAGAAACAUUAUCAUGUGGAUGGACCAUCGAGCUGGAAAUCAAGUAGAUCGGAUUAACGGCACAAAGCACAAGGUGUUGAGUUAUGUUGGAGGUGUGAUGUCCGUUGAAAUGCAGCCUCCAAAGCUUCUGUGGUUGAAGGAAAAUUUACGCAGGGAAUGUUGGGAUAAAUCUGGACAAUUCUUUGAUCUCCCAGACUUUCUAACAUGGAAAGCCACUGGAGAACUCAGCAGAUCCUCUUGUACACUCAUCUGUAAGUGGACCUACUCUUCAGAUGGAGGAUGGGAUGAUACGUUUUGGAAGGAAAUUGGAUUAGAAGAUGUUCUCGAAGACAACUACGCCAAAAUAGGAAACCAAGUCUUGUCUCCUGGAUCUUCCAUAGGGAAUACAUUGACUUCAGAGUCUGCCAAGGCCCUCGGUCUACCAGAAGGAAUUGCUGUAGCUGCGUCACUCAUUGAUGCACAUGCCGGGGGACUAGGUGUGAUUGGAGCAGAUGUUAAGGGUCAUAACCUCCCUUGUGAAAAUGAACCAAUCACAUCCAGGCUGGCUCUGAUCUGUGGGACAUCUUCAUGUCACAUGGGGAUUAGUGAUAAGCCAAUCUUUGUUCCUGGCGUCUGGGGACCAUAUUAUUCAGCCAUGGUCCCAGGGUUCUGGUUAAACGAGGGCGGACAAAGUGCUACUGGAAAACUGAUUGAUCAUCUUGUAGAGGGCCACAGUGCAUUUAUAGAACUAAAGCAGAAAGCCGAAGCCAGGGGCCAACAUAUAUAUACAUAUUUAAACAAUCACCUGGAUCGAAUUAAGGCAUCUGGGCCCGUGGGGUUUCUUGCGGCUGAUUUGCAUGUUUGGCCGGAUUUCCAUGGUAACAGAUCUCCUUUGGCCGAUCCGACAAUGAAGGGUGCGAUUGUAGGAUUAGGGCUAUCUAAUGGACUCAAUGAUCUGGCUAUACUCUAUUUGGCCACGGUACAGAGCAUUGCGUUGGGAACAAGGCAUAUUUUGGAAUGCAUGCAGGCUGCAGGGCACCGGAUCAGCACUAUGUUUUUGUGUGGUGGACUGAGCAAGAACCCCUUGUUUGUGCAGAUGCACGCAGAUAUCACGGGCCUGCCAGUUGUCUUGUCCAAGGAAGUGGAGUCCGUGUUAGUAGGAGCCUCAAUCCUCGGAGCCUGUGCCUCCGGCGAUUUUCCAUCAAUCCAGGAUGCCAUGAAGAAAAUGUCCAAAGUUGGAAAAGUAAUUCUCCCCAACCUUCAAGACAAAAGAUUUUACGAUAAAAAGUACCAAGUAUUUCUGAAAUUAUAUGAACACCAGCUGGAAUAUCAGGCUAUUAUGAAGGGAAUCUAACGAGACUGCUCCCCUCUGCACAUUGGCCGGAAUGCCAGACAGAAAGGCUGCUAAACAGAACUGAGUGUAUCAAAUAAAAGAUUAAAGACA